AACUAAAAUAAAUCAAACACCGAUUGACCCAGAAUUUGAUAUUGAACAAACAAUAAAAGUAUCAAUUAAAAGUCUAGUUCUUCAUUUUUUACGACAAGUUCAAUUAAGCUGUGAACGCUUUAUUCUACUAGAAUUGACCAAUCGCUCCCUGUUAUACGAAAGGAUCCCAUGAAAACCUUUUGCUCUAUUACAAUUAUUUUAUGAACGCAUAAAUCUGUUAUUUCUCAUUUUGCCGCCAAAUCUAGUACUCCACGAUUUUGUUAGAAUAAACUUGUAAACUUGUCAGUGCAUGUCACUACAUUAUUUAGUUCUUAGAGUGAAUAACAUAAAUAUAAACAGUUGAGUUGUAGUAAUUUGCACAACUAUCACGCUAAACAAUGAGUCAAGCAAGCUCUCCUGUCCGAUCGGAUAGAAGAACGGAUGCAAUGACAUCUCCAGCACCAGAUAUUGAUGAACCAUUUGAGGACGAAAGUGAACUGCUUGGUGGAGGAAGUCAGGAUGAUGUUCCUCAGGAAGAAGAAGAGGGAGAGGAAUUAUUUGGAGCUAAUAUGGAAGCGGAUUAUCGGCCUAUGCCUGCUCUUGAUCGUUAUGAUCCAAAUAUGGUUGAUGAUGAAGAAUACUCAGAACUUUCUCAAGGAGACCGUGUUGCUGCUGAAGUAGCAAUGCGUAAACGAGAUCGUGCAGCAGGCAUUAUAAGAGAUGAGAGAGAUUUAUUAUAUGAGGAAAGUGAUGAAGAUGAAUUACCCACUCAUAAACGACGUUUGGCAGAAAAAGCUGCAGCUGGAGAGAUGGAUGAUGUGGAGAUGAUUGAGUCGAUUGAAAAUUUAGAGGACACAAAAGGAUAUUCAGUCAAGGAAUGGGUUCAAAUGUUGGGACCUCGUACAGAGAUCGCUAAUCGUUUCAAAAGUUUUUUGCGUACACAUACGAAUUCAAAAGGACAGUAUAUGUACAAGGAACGUAUCCGUCACAUGUGUGAAAGUAAUCAGUCAAGCUUUGUGGUUGAAUUUCCAAUCCUUGCUGGUAAAGAGCAUGUUUUGGCUUAUUUUUUACCGGAAGCACCAUCUCAAAUGUUAGAGAUAUUUGAUAUAGUGGCCAAAGAUUUGGUUCUAACUAUUUUUCCAAGUUAUGAGAGAGUCACAUCAGAAAUUCAUGUAAGAAUAUCGGAAUUACCACUUAUAGAGGAAUUACGUACAUUCAGAAAGUUACAUUUAAACCAGUUAGUGAGAACUCUGGGUGUUAUAACUGCAACAACAGGAGUUCUGCCCCAGUUAUCUGUAGUGAAAUACGAUUGUAAUAAAUGUGGUCAUAUUCUUGGUCCGUUUGUUCAAUCUCAAAGUACAGAGGUCAAACCUGGUUCAUGCCCACAAUGUCAAAGUAUCGGUCCCUUCACGAUCAACAUGGAGCAAACCAUAUACCGUAAUUAUCAAAAAGUAACAAUUCAAGAAUCCCCUGGCAGAGUACCAGCUGGUAGAAUUCCACGAAGCAAAGAUUGCAUUCUCCUAUCCGAUUUAUGCGACCGUUGCAAACCCGGGGACGAAGUAGAUAUCACUGCCAUUUAUACCAAUAGUUAUGAAGGUUCCUUAAACACAGAGCAGGGUUUUCCAGUAUUCUCGACGGUAUUACUAGCUAAUCACGUAUACGUGAAAGACUCAAAAGACAUUGUAGAAUCUUUAACAGAAGAAGAUAUUCGCAACAUUCAUGCAUUAGCCAAGGAUCAUCGUAUAAGUGAUCGUAUCGUAGCUAGUAUAGCACCUUCAAUUUAUGGUCACGAUUUCAUCAAGAGAGGCCUCGCAUUAGCGAUCUUCGGAGGUGAAUCAAAAAAUCCUGGUAACAAGCACAAAGUUAGGGGCGAUAUAAACGUCCUAAUAUGUGGCGACCCUGGAACGGCCAAGUCACAAUUUUUAAAGUAUAUGGAAAAGAUUGCACCACGAGCUGUCUUUACAACAGGACAAGGUGCUUCAGCAGUUGGUCUAACUGCAUAUGUCAGACGAUCACCAACUACGAGAGAAUGGACUUUAGAAGCCGGUGCAUUGGUACUGGCUGAUCAAGGUAUCUGCUUAAUAGAUGAAUUUGACAAGAUGAACGAUCAAGAUAGGACCUCCAUACAUGAAGCCAUGGAACAACAAAGUAUUUCUAUUUCAAAAGCUGGAAUUGUCACGUCACUUCAAGCCAGGUGUUCUGUUAUAGCAGCAUCAAAUCCUAUUGGUGGACGAUAUGAUGCCAGCAUGACAUUUUCCGAAAAUGUAGAUUUAUCAGAACCCAUUCUUUCACGUUUUGAUAUUUUGUGCGUCGUCAAAGACGAAGUAGAUCCCAUGCAGGAUCAGCAUUUGGCAAAAUUCGUUGUGAAUUCACACAUUAAACAUCAUCCGGCUAACACGGAUAAAACUGUAACUGAAGAAUUGAAUACAUCUACCAAUGACUUACAAAUUCCCCAAGAUCUUUUGAAAAAGUAUAUUGUAUACGCGAAGCAAAAUGUCCAUCCUAAAUUGACGAACAUGGAUCAAGAUAAAGUUGCAAAAAUGUACAGUCAGUUGAGGCAAGAAAGUUUGGCAACUGGAAGUCUUCCUAUAACAGUACGUCAUAUUGAAAGUAUAAUACGAAUGGCUGAAUCUAGUGCAAAGAUGCAUUUGCGCGAUCAUGUAUUAGAGGAUGAUGUGAAUCUUGCUAUUCGUAUGAUGCUUGAAAGUUUCGUCGAUACACAAAAAUAUUCUGUCAUGAAGAGUAUGCGCCAGACAUUUCAAAGAUACUUAUCUUACAAAAAAGAUCACAGUGAACUACUGUAUUACAUCCUACGACAACUUACUUUGGAUACCUUAGCAUUUCAGAAAGCAUUACAUGGCGGUCGAGUUACUACAAUUGAAAUUUCUGAAAAGGAUCUGCUGGACCGGGCCAGACAAAUCGAUAUACAUAAUCUGAAUCCAUUUUACGAGAGCAACAUAUUCAAAACAAACAAUUUUGUUUACGUUCGGAACCGAAAGGUAAUUGUGCAGACACUACCUGAAGCUGUUGAAGAUUGAACAUCGGAAGAAGUUUACCAUAUAUUUUUUUAACGGCAGCGCAUAAUGAUGUAUACAAAAUUCAUUAUAACAAAAAUCUCCACUUUUAACGAUACCACUCAAGUGCCUUUCAAACUUGUAUGUAAUGUUCACUAUGCAAUGUUUUAUAAAUACUGAGUUUUUAUAAUA